GUGGCAGGACUGUUCCCUGCCCAUAAGUUAUCCACUCAAGACAGCUUUGUGUACCCAACGAGAGCCGAGAGCCGUCUUUUCCUGCCAGGAUGAGCCUGCCCGCAAACCAGAUCAAGGAGCCGGGCAAGCAGUCUCAGCCCGCAAAAUCGCUCAAGGAACCCAGCCAGGAGGCUCUGCCUGUAAACCUACUCAAGGAGCCCAGCCAGGAGUCCCGGAUCCUGUGCCCUGACCCGGCCAUCGUUGUGGAGCUGAAUGUAGGGGGGCAGUUCUACACCACCACCAUGGGCACCCUGAUGAAGCAUCCAGGCUCGAAGUUUUCAGAGAUACUGUCCAGGUCAGCUAGACACUACAAAGAUGCGCAGGGCCGCUUCUUCAUCGAUCGGCCCGGCACCUACUUUGGGCUUCUCUUGGACUACCUGCGCACUGGGCAGGUGCCCACAGAGUACGUUCCUGAGGUAUACCAAGAAGCUAAGUUCUACCAAAUCCACCUUUUGGUCAAGAUUUUGGAAGAUAUGCCACAGAUCUUCGGUGAGCAAGUGGCUCGAACGCAGUUCCUGAUGGGAGUGCCAAACUACAGAGAAAACCUGGAGGUCCUGUUGCACCUGGCUCGGGCAGAGGCCGUGGCGAUGCGCUCCUCAAAGGUGGUGGUGUGUGUGGUGCGCACGGAGGAGGAGGAUGCGAAGUGUGUGGAGCCGCUGCACAUCUUGGAGGCCAAAAAGACACCUGUUGUCAAAUUCGGACCCUGGAAGGCAGGCCCUAUGACGGAGGACUUUGUAUGCUGCCUGGAGAAGGACAUAAGAGCCAAGGGCUAUAAGGUGACCUCUCAGAGGUACCACCUCAGCAGGGAUCCCUACACUUGCUUCUGGAUAUUCGUCUUCACUUGGUGGUGAGCUCCAGGAGUGGGGACUGUUUGUUAGAGGCUGUGGUGGGACUUGUGAAAUCCGUUGCCAUGAAAAUUCGUGUUCUAGUCGGGCGUGGUGGCUCACGCCUUUAAUCCCAGCACUAGGGAGGCAGAGGCAGGCAGAUUUCUGAGGUUGAGGCCAGCCUGGUCUACAAAGUGAGUUUCAGGACAGCCAGGGCUAUUCAAAGAAACCCUGUCUGGAAACAAACAAAACAAAAACAAAAAAGAAAAGAAAAUCCAUGUUCUAAAACUGAGCCUGUAGUCCCAGAGUUUGGAAGGCCAAGGAGACAAGAAGAUUGCCAUGAGCUAGCUGGAGGCCAGUUUCGAGUAUAGACUGAAACCCUAUUGAAAUGGCCCAGGCUACCCUGUCUCCAUGCUUGCUCCCUUCUGGAACCACAUCCUACUUGACAAAGUAGGGUUUCUCCCAUCUUCUAAGAAAUAAAGCUUGUAAGAUGCUUAACAGAUCAAGGGGUUCUUCCUUCCUUGCUGGGAGAUAGCCCUGAUAUAAAACC